AUGGAAGAUUCACAGAGUGAACAACAGCGGAUGUUACGACGCCACUACCGCGAGAAGAAAGAGCUACAGGCCCGUAUUCAGCUCAUAAAGAGUUCGGUCCCUAAGAGCGACAAGAAGAAAAGAAAGCAGUUGAAUCUCGACGUGGCCCGCCUUGAGGCCGAGAUGGAGCAGAAGCACCAGCAGGAGCUGGAGAAGUUCCAAGGUUUCCCUGAUAUCAGCAACGUUGAUUCUGUCACUGAAAAUCUAGCCAAGAUGGAUCUCGAGAACCAGCCUCCGCGCUUCUCCAGGGCACAGAGAAAGCGCGAAAGAAGGGCAGCCCUCGAGAGAGCACGCCAGGAGAGGAUUGCGGAGGUUGACAUGGAGUAUCUGGCCAGCUUCCGCCAAGACGAGGAAGAGAAGCUCAGCGCCAUCCUGGGGGCCAAGCAUCUAGAGAUGAAGGAUAUGCCGACUGAUAGCCACUGCAUGUAUCGUGCCAUCCAAGACCAACUGGUGUUCUCCGUGACUGUGGAGAGCCUGCGGAGACGCACUGCCGAGUACAUGCGGAAGCACGUCGAUGAUUUCUUGCCUUUCUUCAGCGACCUCGAACCCGGUGACGCCUGCAGCCGCGACUACUUCUUGAGCUACUGCGACGACAUCGUGGGCAGUGCAUCGUGGGGAGGCCAGCUGGAGCUGAGGGCCCUGUCACACGUCCUGCAGACCCCCAUCGAGGUGAUCCAGGCUAACUCGCCAGCCGUCGUCAUUGGAGAGGAGUACACCAGGAAGCCGCUAAUCCUGGUCUACGUGCGCUACACCUGCAACUUCGGGGCGCACUACAACUCCGUGAAGCCGCAGGAGGCCGGCGCCGCUGGAGGCGCAGCCCCUCGUCUCUUCUAG